GCCAUUAAACUGUCAUAUGGGCAUAUACUUUAUGCUGAGUGCUUUACCAUCAUGAAAGCUUUAAGAGAAAUCACAAAGAGAUACCAAAUAACGCGACAUAAUGAUUGCUAGAUGAAGUCCGUGCCCAGUCCACUCAUUAAUUUCAGCCGUUUCGACAAGUUUAGAGCCGCUAUCCGACUCCAUCACGUUCAUUUGUACCGUUAGCCGCUAGCGUUAGCCUGUGGCUUGGCUACCAGAAGAAAGCAAUGAAAACAUCCUCUCCUGAAAUCGUGAGAACCACGGAGGACAGCGGGUGAAAGCCCAUCUGGAACCCGCCAAAAGUUUACUUAAUGUCGGGUGAAAGUUUGGCGAAGUUUACUUGUAGCGUUACCCGCUAGCGUUAGCCUACCGGGCUUCUGUUUGUUUGGCUUCCUGAAAACCACGUGACUCCAUACGUAAGCACACUGUCUGCUUUCUUAAAGGGGAAUGAACAUAGCCGAUCAACACAGAGUCAAAGCGGGAUGAAAAGACUAUAUUUUCUUGUUUUAUUAAAGUACCGAAUUUACCGACAUGGUCAAAAUUACGUCGGUCAUCGUGAAGAAUUUCGAGAGUUCCCAGGAGCUGGCAACAUCAUCACAUUUUCACAGUUUGUUUUCAUUGCUUUGGAGGGAUUCAUUUUCGAAACACGUUGUGGUACCAAGAGGCCUGUCAUCCCUAUCAACAACUAUGUGAUAAUGGUGACUAUGUUCUUCACGGUCAGCGUGGUCAACAACUAUGCUCUCAACUUCAACAUUGCGAUGCCACUACACAUGAUCUUCAGAUCGGGAUCUCUCAUUGCCAACAUGAUUCUGGGUAUCAUCAUCUUGAAGAAAAGGUAUCCAGCCAGCAAAUAUUUGUCCAUUGCUUUAGUUUCCGCCGGCAUCUUUAUCUGCACUAUCAUGUCAGCAAAGCAAGUGAAUAUGGCCAACGAGGGUUCAGAAGAGCAAGGAUUUUAUGCCUUCAUGCGCUGGCUUGUAGGAAUCGCCAUGUUGACAUUUGCUCUGCUCAUGUCAGCGCGGAUGGGAAUUUUCCAGGAGACGUUGUACAAGAAGCACGGAAAACACUCCAAAGAGGCACUUUUUUAUAAUCACUUCCUGCCUCUGCCGGGCUUCCUGCUACUCUCCACGGAUAUCUACAGCCACUGUGUCCACUUCAGUCAGAGCACCCCUGUGCUCGUUCCUGUUAUCCAAUUGAACCUUCCUAUUAUGUGGCUCUACCUUUUCGUCAACGUCAUCACACAGUAUGUGUGCAUCCGUGGCGUGUUCAUCCUGACCACCGAGUGCACCUCGCUCACCGUCACACUGGUGGUGACUUUGAGGAAGUUCCUGAGCCUCAUAUUCUCCAUUAUAUACUUCCAAAACCCCUUCACACCGUGGCAUUGGGUGGGAACCGCUGUGGUAUUCGUGGGCACGCUGCUCUAUACCGAAGUGUUGAGCAGCAUCACGGUGGCGAGAAAGAAGGCCGAGUGACAACGGUGGUUCUGGACAUUUUUAGAUUUUAGACUGGCCACUUAUCUGUUUAUGGUUUUUAAGACAGUGGUGGUAAGUGACCAGUGACAAAUACUUUUGCUGUACUUAAGUAGAUUUUUCAGUUAGCUGUACAUCACUUGAGUAUUUAUUUUUGGACAACUUUUUACUUUUACCUUCUACAUUUUAAAAUGCGUACAUUCUACUGCGUCCUUUGUUGAAACAGGGUCGUUAGUCAUGAAGAUUAUAAUUUUCCAGCACUUGAUACAUGCGGUAUUAUUGCCAUGUUGCAUUGUUGUUUGCUUCUCACUAAAACCCUGAUUUAAUAAAAGAAGG